CAAUAAAAAUUGGGUGCCAGAAAAUUCAAACAGAUUAUAUGGAACUGAUAUAACUGUUACUGGUUUUAAUACUUCUUUGAAUGGUAAUUCAAAUAAUAUAAUUAAAGUUAGAAAGGUUGGUAGGAGUACAUAUUUCACGGAAGGAAAAAUGGAAGAUAAGUGGGAUGAAAUUAUAACUUCAGCCUUCGAUCCUCCAAGAAAAAUGGUUGCUUUACCAGUAUAUGGCAUUAAUAAAGGACAACCAUUUGAUUCAGGUUCUCCGGUUGUUGACGAAGACAAUCAGGUUGUAGGAAUUCUUCAUGGAGGAGUUAAGGGCAAAGCAGAUGCUUAUGUAAUUCCCAUCCACGUAAUUAAAGAACAUGUUAAAGAAUCUC